AUGUAUAAAAGGCGGCGCCUCCUCACGCCGUCUUGUCUCCUUCCUCUCUCCUUCCUUUUGCGCCAAUCGAAUGGUGUAGUGGACGCGACGAUGCACGCCAAGGAUUUAUUGGCUUCAUCUUCCUCGGUCGCCUUCGCCUCCCUCGGCCGCUCCAUCUUCAACUUCCGCGGGGAUCAGACCAUGGAGUCGGGCGCAGGCGGCGAGGGGCAGGAUGCGCUGUUGCUCGGUUUCCAAUCUUGCAUCGAGGACGUCUUGGUGGAUCUCUCCGCCGCCGCGGGGGCUGAGGGGGAUGGGCUGCUGUCGAUCGCCUGGCUCCGCCGGCUCCUCCACGGCUUCCUGCUGUGCCACGAGGAGUUCCGGGCGCUCCUCCUAGACCGCGGCGCGGCCGUGGCACGGCCGCCCCUGGACCGCCUCGUCGCGGACUACUACGACCGCGCCAUCAAGGCUCUCGACAUUUGCAACGCCGCGCGCGACGGCAUCGAGCAGCUUCGGCGGUGGCGGGCGCACCUCGAGAUCGUGGUGGCCGCCCUCAGACCCGCCGCCGGAGGCGGCGGAGGAAUCAGCGAGGGUCAGGUGCGACGCGCCCGCAAGGCGCUCGCGGACCUCGCCGUGCUCAUGCUGGACGACAGGGACGCCGGCUCCGCCACCGUAUCCCGCCGUAACCGCUCCUUCGAACGGAGCAGAGGCUCCGGUUCCUCCUCUACCUCCUCACCCAAGACCACCGGUCGCAAAGUAUCCGGCUUCCGCUCCCUCUCCUGGAGCGUGUCCCAUUCGUGGUCCGCCGCGCGGCAGCUGCAAGCCAUCGGGAGCAACCUGGCGGCGCCGCGCGGCCACGAGGUGGCCGCCACAGGGGGACUGGCGGCGGCGGUAUACACCAUGAAUGCGGUGCUCCUCUUCACUAUGUCAUCCGUGGUGGCGGCGAUCCCCUGCCAGGACCGCGGCCUCCAGGUCCACUUCGCCGUCUCCCGAACCUUCCCAUGGGCGCCGGCCAUCACGUACCUCCACGAUCGGAUCGUGGAGGAGUCGAAGAAGAGGGAGAGGAAGAACUCGGCGGGGCUUCUGCAGGAGAUCCUUCAGAUCGAGAGGUGCACGCAGCAGAUGGCGGAGCUGAUGCAGACCGGCACCUUCCCCAUGGCGAAAGGCGAGGAGCAGCAGCUGAGCGAGAGGGCGAAAGAGCUGGCGCAAAUCUGCGACGCCAUGAAGGACGGGCUCGAUCUGUUGGAGCGACAGGUGCGCGAGAUCUUCCUUCGGAUCGUGCGCAGUCGCACAGAGACUCUCAAUCCUCCUGCUCAUACUGCAAAUUAA